AGGCCUAUGUGUUUUGUGUGAAUGCAAUAUUCAAGAGACAUUUAUGUCAUUUAUUUUUGAAAUGUCAAUGGGCUUUUGAUUUCUGGCAAUGGUGCUGCAUAGAAAAUAAUCAAAAUACAAUAUUGGCAAAUGAUUCGAAAUGCAAAUCUAAAUUAAUCAAAUGAAAUGAUAUGCGGAAUAUCAACAAUUUGGGAAUAUCGAAAUUCAGUAAAAUAUGAUGAAAUAGUUUAAAGUAAAAGUACUAUGCGCUCAAUAUUCACAGAUUCCAGGAUUCAAAUGCAAACUGAUAGUAGUUUUAAAUUUAUUGAUAACAAGUGAAAGAAAUGAUUUAUUAUUGGGUACUCCUGAAGUAUGCGCUCCAAGAUGUCGCAUAACCUGAACCCUAACGUGUUACACAACUUGAGUUCAGGUUGUGCGCCAUCUUGGAGCGCAUGUCACCUCAAUCAUGAUGUGACAUUUUCUAUGCAACACCAGCUUUGAUAAAUAUUAUAUGGGAGGAUUCAAAUGUCCAAAUUUGUGCAUUAUUUUGAUUCAAGAUAGUGGAUGAAAAAAUGCUGAAACACCCACUUUGGCUGUUUUCUGAUUUUCUGUCUAAUUUUCUAAUCUGCAAAAAUGAACUGAAUCGAAUAAUUAUUGGUAAUUAUAUGUAACAGAGAUGGCGAACCACUAACCCGCGUGACCCACUGUCCUAUUUUGGUGACCCACCAAGUCACGAAUCAAUGCGAAGAACAAACCAAUAUUUUAGGUAUAAAAAUGAUAGAACCGACCUUAAUCAAUCUAAAAAUAAGCUGUUUCAGGGUUUAAGUGUACAUAUGCAAUGCUGAAAACUGCACAACAUGAUCCCAGGAUUAUAAAAACGAUAAGAUGCAGCAAGUUUCUCAUUGAUGAAGAAUUUUGUUAAACCUAUAACCAUAUUCUUAUAUUUCAUGACAACGCUUAUUGUUUUGCGUAUAAUGCCAAAGUUUGAUCUUGAAUAACAGACAGCUCUGCUAACGUUACUAUUAUAACACAGAUAAAUGUGAUGCCGGGCCGAAACGUAACAGUUGUAACUUUACAGUUUUAAUUACGAUCGAGUUGUUAUUGGCAAAUUUCUUUCUAUACCAUUCGGAAUAGAAUUAAUUCCGUUUAAAGGAUUUGAAAUGGUAACCCAUUAGAUAAUUUUUUGACAAUACUAGUGGUAAAAUACAUGCAAGCAAAAGAAAAUUAGAUGCUGGAGUCGAUAACUUAAUUAUUGUGUGACAGAAACUGGAUCAAAACACGAUUAGCCUACUGAUGAGGGAGUACUUCUGUCUGCCAGUAGUGUAUUAAAAUAGUAGUACUGUAGCCUAUUAUUUGUUACUACCACUAAUCAAAGCCGGAAAAGCUACCACACAUCAGCAUUUGGUCAGAUUGUACCUACCGUAAUUCAGUAAUUAGAUAUAAAAUCAGUGUUCUCUUUCGUGCAUAGCCCCUGUCAAGCGUUAAAUUGCUGAAUUGAGUGCUUUUUUAUAUGUAUCGCUACAAUACCGGUAAACAUUUCUUAACAGCGUAUUGCUGGCAUACCGUAUUGAAUUGGUCAUUAUUACUGCAAUAGCUUAGAUGUUUCAAAAGUAUAACAGCCCGGAAGUUCCUAUACCAGUAUACAUUCUGGUAUCUUCUGUUUGAUUAUUUCUGGCCCAAGCCUCGUUUUAACUAGGUUUGUGUCUUUUGUAAUUUAUUUUUGUCUGUGUGUUGGUGGGCGGGCACAUGAUAUUUCAUUAUUUCUCAUGUUUUAAACUUUUUUAAAGGUUUUGCUUGCCCUCCAGAAUUCUCCAUUUUAAAUUUGUGUAUAUUAUGGAGUAUUUGAAUAAACUAUCUAGCUACAAAUAAACAAUAUCCAUUUUUUAUGUCCUUUUCGUCGUGAAUGUCUAGAUAUAGAAUAAAUUAAUACUGCAGUACUGUAAAAGAACCUCACAGCUUCAUGUCAAACAUAUUUUGUGAAUUGCCGAAUGAAAUAUGGAUCAAGAUACUGCGAGAUGUUUCUCUCGAGGAUCGAAUGAAAAAUAUUCAGUUUGUAAACAAACAGUUUCAUUCUUUUUGCUCUGAUCGAAUGUUGACAUUCUCAUUAAACUUUGAAAAUUGUAUCUUUAUGUCCGACCGAUUAUGCUUACAAAUCUUGAGAAAUGCGAAGCCAUGGCUUCGAAAAUUAUCCUUUCAUAAUUGUCAUUGGUUUCCAUCAUCAAUGUUUGGAAAGUUUUCAAAUUUACUAGCUCUUCGAUCGUUGGAUUUGAGAGGAUGCAUUCUAACUCCCAUUCAGUUGAAAUCUGUUUUGUGCAAAACGCCAAAUGUAAAGAGCUUGGUAAUAUCCUCUUAUGUCGAAGAUAUACGGGAGCUAUAUAGGUUGAACGUUCAAAAAUUAAAUAUAAAGUUAGACACCCUGCAUAUUGAUGUAUGUGGUGAAGCAAACAUAAUUAUUUAUGUAUCAAUACUUUUUGAAUUGUUCGCAUUAAAAGAUGCAAGUUCUGUUUCAUUUGAUAUACCUGAAAAACAGAGAAAUUUUAUCAUGGAUUAUCAUCUUUCACCGUAUGCAACAACAGGGCUAAUGUAUUCUUAUGUGAUUGAUUUUGUAAAUUAUAAUAACAUUGGAAGCAUUUGUCGAAUGCUUUCCGAUGCCAAUCUUCACUAUGAUGAAAAUGGGUUUGCUGCUAACAACGGACUGAUAAAACUAGAAAAUUUAAAGAAUUUAAUACUUCCAACUGUGCGGGGUAUUCCAUAUGACACUGAUCGACCUUGUCGUAAAGCAAAUACACCUUCAGUUUUGCCUAACCUUGAAUACCUGAAUGUAGAUUUUAAAAUUUGUACUCUGUGUAAGAAUUGUUAUGGUUUCGAUACUUAAAUAUUGGAUUUAAAGAUCUUGAAGAUGAUAUAGGUUCAGUUUUUACUAUUUCUGACAUGUUUUGGUGUAAUUUUUCGAGGUUCCAAAAUGUUGAAGAACUCAAUUUAAAAGGACUAUUAGUACAUUUUAAUCUACUUGCCACGUCUGUCAAAAGCAUGCCCAAAUUGAAUGCAUUAUCAAUUACUUUGCCAAAUAUGACAGAAGAUCAAAUUUCUGGGACCACGAGCAAAGAAAUUGACAAGUCAUGUAGUACCAGAGGUAUGAGAAUUUCAAGAACUCGUCCAGAAGUUAAAAUCACCACUGAUUUUGCUCUAACACUCCAAACCUGUUCAAAUCUCAGAAAAUUGGAGCUGAUGGGACAUUUGAAUACUGUUUAUGAUAUCGCAACCUUAAAAUGCAUUGGUGAACUACAAAAUCUUCAAGUUCUAUCUCUAAUGAAUAUACACUUGAACAAUGUACACAAAAUUUCCACAAUUUUCAUGAAUUAUAAAUUGGUUUCAUUAACAUUGUGUCAUGUAGGAGAAGGAUCGCUAUGUGAAUAUCCAAGGAUUUUGGGAAAUGUAUUGAAGAAUUUACCGAAUUUGAAUGAAUUGCGCUUAAACCAUGACUUGUUAUUGAUCACCAAACGUUUGCUAGAUUCAAUUUGCACUUGUCAGCAUCUUGA